AUGGAUAUUUUGAUGUUCAAUACACACAUAACAUACACACAUACACACAUAUACACGCAUACACACACAUAUACACAUACACAAACAAACACACAUAACAUACACACAUACGUAUACACAUACACACGUGCUCGUAUGGAUGACACACGAUGGCCAUAUAUUGGUAAAGCAACAUUAGGUGAAGAUGGUAGCGAAGCAUAUUUCAAAAUUAUACUUCAAUUUAUAAAACCAGAAGUAGAUGAUCCAAUGACGAUAAAGUGGACUAUCAUUAUUCUUGUGAUAUUUACAAUUCUAUCAACAGUAUUUGUCAUUGUUAACGUGAUACAUUUUCGGCGUAAAAGACGAAGAAGCAAUUUGAAACAAACCGUACGUAAAGAAAGUUCCGUGUAG